AUGCGUUUCACUGAUUGGGACGUUAUCCUCUUUCCGCAGACGUCCAGCGUUCCGAUCCAAGAGUUUCGUACUGAAUUCUUCGAUGUCGUUACCCGUAAGUUCGGUUACCGCAUCGACACAAUCAAUCCCGAUGGCAACUUUCCUCACAAGAUCAUCGACCUGCCCACCAGAAGGCUGUUCUUUCCCCCCUUCCACCAGGCUGUGGGUAAUCAGCUUCAGCUCCACAUCCCAGACAACUUGGGACGCAUCACAGUUGGUAUAUCUGAGGGAUACUUCUAUGAAGCACCAAGUGGAACGCGCUUCAACCCCAUCAAGGAUGUAGUCAGCUUCAAGUGGGUGCAUGCCCCUGAGCAGAUUCUUCGUGCUGCAGGCGUCCUGUGGCCUCAUCCAACAAUCGGUCACAUUCAAGUACCACACAUGUCUUUUCCCGUCACGGCCUCGAGCCAGGUCCCUAUCGAAACAAGUCAAUUCAACUUCGGCGACUUCGGGUGCUAG